AUGGGGCAGACACAGCAAACAGAGAACAGUGAGGAGAUCGACGUCAAAGCACUUCAGGACAUGUAUAAAAAGUUUGUCAUGGAGUGCCCGAGCGGACUUCUUUUCCUGCACGAGUUCAAGCGCUUCUUUGGCGUGGACCCAACGGGAGAGGCGUCCGACUAUGCAGAAAACAUGUUUCGAGCCUUUGACAGAAACGGGGACAACACCAUCGAUUUCCUUGAGUUUGUGGCAGCUCUCAAUCUCGUUUUCCGAGGCGACCUGGAGCAUAAACUGCGUUGGUCGUUCAAGGUGUAUGACAAAGACAGCAAUGGCUACGUGGACAGGGAUGAGCUGCGGUCAAUAAUUGGUAGCAUUUACAGGAUUAAAAAAGGCUCAAGGACGGACAUGAGCGGUCCACAGCCCUCCGUGGACGAGGCUGUGGAUCGACUGUUGCAGGCAGUCGACAGUGACGGAGAUGGUCAUAUUAACAUGGAGGAGUUCAUCAGAGGUGCACAGCAGGACCCCUGGGUGCUCAACAUGUUGAAGUUGGACAUGAACCCAGCUGGAUGGGUGAUGGAGCAGAGGAGACGGAGCGCACACUUCUGA